AAACCAACAGCUAAUAUGUAUAAGUAUUUCAGCUCUCGCACCUUGCGCUGGAUGCAGACAAUGACUUUUGCAAUCAAAGAGAUCAACCAGCGCAGUGACCUCCUGCCACAGCUCAAGCUGGGUUUCCACAUCCGUGACAGCUGUGAUGACAUACCUGUGUCACUGAGAGCAUCUUUGCUGUUGGUGAAUGGCCAGCCAGAGAUAGGCACCAAGGCCGAGAGAGUGAACAGAAGCAAAGGUCAAGAAUGGAACAUUAUUUCUAAUUUAGGCUGUGCUGCCGUACAAAGUACUGUGUCCCCAGUAAUCAUAGGAGAUGCUGCUUCUGGGUUGUCUAUGGCUCUGCUAAGAAGCCUGGGUUCUUUCCAUAUACCCCUGGUGAGCUAUUUUGCGUCCUGCAGCUGUCUGAGUAACCAAAGGGAUUUCCCAACAUUCAUGCGCACCAUGCCCAGUGACGCCUUCCAGAUCAAAGCCCUGGCCCAGCUGGUUAGCUACUUUGGCUGGACUUGGGUGGGAGUCAUUGGCGUGGAAUCUGAUUAUGCUCGCUUUGCCAUCCAGCUCUUCCUGCAGGAGUCGGUGCAGUACGGUGUGUGUGCUGCCUUCACUCAUUUCUACCCUGUAGUCCUGAGUCAGCAGGCUCUAGAUGAGCUUCUGGAUGUUAUUCAGAUGGCGUCCUCAAAGGUCAUCAUUAACUUCUGUAGUGAGUCAGAGAUGAAUGGCAUUCUGAGAGAGAUCCGACGUCAGAAUAUAACCGGCCUGCAGUGGAUAGCUAGUGAGGCUUGGUCAACUGCCAAAUCACUCUGGGAAGAGUUUGGAGAUCUGCUGACAGGAACACUAGGAUUUGCCAUCCGGCGAGCUGAUGUGAUUCCAGGGCUGAAACAACACCUCAUGAGUCUCAGACCAUCCAGUAUUCAUAAAUCAGCUUUCUUGGCAGAAUUUUGGGAAGAGACGUUUAACUGCCGACUGAACGGGUCAGUGAACAGCCACUCUCACAUGGGCGACAACUACCUCGACAGAUUGCCAUGUAAAGGGACUGAGGAUUUAAAUGAUGUUUACUCUGCCUAUUCUGAUGUGACACAGCUAAGAGUGUCAUAUAAUGUCUACAAGGCUGUGUAUUUGGUGGCCCAUGCUUUGCAAGAUAUGAGUAACUGCAUAGUCGGACAGGGGCCUUUACCUAAUGGCACCUGUGCAGACCCAAAGAAUGUUAAACCUUGGCAGCUAAUCCACUACAUGAAGCGUGCUAAUUUUUCUGCAUUGGGGGAGAAAGUCAACUUUGAUCAAAACGGUGACCCCAUUGCUUAUUAUGAUCUCUUGAACUGGCAAAGGAUGCCUGACGGUUCACUACAUUUGGUAAAAGUAGGUUUCUAUGAUGACGCCUCGUCUGCUGGACGCAGCCUGGUCAUAAAUGACUCAGUGAUUCACUGGCCUGUUGGGAAGCAGGCUUCCCGGUCUGUAUGCAGCGACAGUUGUCCUCCAGGUUCCCGCAUCGCCAGGAGAAAGGGGGAACCCAUCUGCUGUUUUGACUGUGUUCCCUGUGCUGAGGGAGAAGUUAGUAAUACGACUGAUUCUUUAGAGUGCUCACGUUGCUCAGAGGAAACAUGGCCCAAUAAAGGCAGAGCUCUCUGCAUCCCAAAGACUAUUGAGUUCCUGUCUUACAAUGAGUUAAUGGGUGUUGUGCUGUGUGUUGUAUCUGUCCUUGGAGCUUGUAUUUCCCUCUCCAUCCUUGCUAUAUUCUUCACAUACAAACACACGCCACUGGUCCGGGCCAACAACAUGGAAUUGAGCUUCCUUCUCUUGGUGUUUCUUGCUGUCUGCUUCCUUGUUGGCCUGCUGUUCAUUGGUGAGCCUUCAGACUGGCUUUGCCGUAUCAGGUACCCAGCAUUUGGAAUCAGUUUUGCCCUAUGCAUUUCGUGCCUCCUGGCCAAGACAGUUGUGGUCCUAAUGGCUUUCAGGUCCACACUGCCAGGAAGUAAUGUCAUGAAGUGGUUUGGACCCAACCAGCAGAAAGCAAGUGUCCUUUUAGGAACAGCUGUUCAGGUUAUAAUAUGUGUUAUCUGGCUGCUCACCAGUCCACCUCAUGUCAACAACAACACAGAUUACAGUGCUACCAUCAUCAUUGAGUGUGUUACUGGUUCCGAGGUUGGCUUCUGGUGUGUUCUUGGAUACAUCGGCAUCUUGGCUUGCGUGUGCUUCCUAAUGGCAUUUUUGGCUCGGAAGCUACCCGAUAAUUUUAACGAGGCCAAGUUUAUCACCUUCAGCAUGCUGAUAUUCUUCGCAGUAUGGAUUACUUUCAUUCCAGUUUAUGUGAGCACAGCAGGGAAAUAUACAGUGGCUGUCCAUAUUUUUGCUAUUUUAGCCUCAGCUUUUGGUCUCCUGUUUUGCAUUUUUGCUCCAAAGUGCUAUGUCAUCAUUCUGAAACCGGAAAAAAACAGCAAGAAAAUCAUAAUUCAAAGAUGA